GUAUCGCGGUAUCGUAAUUAAUCCGAUAGUUAAUUUCUUUUUACGUAAUUCCGCCAGAGUUCCAUUUUGUGGGUCUAACGGAUCCAGCGGUUCAGUAGAAUCGAUCGAAUCGGUCUCUUUAGCGACUCCGUGGUGCGGGAUAACAGCUUUCUCUGGCUUCAUUGAAAUCCAACAUAAACCUUUUGAAUCAAAAUGGGUAUUCCAGCUGGUGAUGUUGAGAAAGGCAAGAAGUUGUUUGUCCAGAGGUGUGCGCAGUGCCACACUGUUGAAGCUGGUGGCAAGCAUAAAACUGGACCCAACUUGAAUGGCCUUUUUGGUCGCAAAACUGGUCAGGCUGCUGGAUAUGUUUACACAGAUGCUAACAAAUCCAAAGGAAUCACCUGGUCUGAAGACACACUCUUUGAAUACUUGCUUGAUCCCAAGAAAUAUAUCCCUGGUACCAAAAUGGUUUUUGCUGGCUUGAAGAAACCCAAUGAGCGAGCAGACUUGAUUGCGUACCUAGAGGUUGCAACCAAGUAAUCAUGGAAAAAAUCACUACCUUCAUAGGCAAACAAUUUUUUAGAACCAAAAUCAACCUGCAUUCUGUGUAACAAUGUUUUAAAUGGUACAUUGAAUAAAGUGUAGAAAAAAAUACAAACAUAAAAAAAUGGUA